UCUGCCGCCUCCACCAGCAAACAACUCGAAGUUCCAGUUGCUGCCACUAUUCACAAACAGUCCAAGUAAACAAUCUCUCAGAUCGAAUUCCUCCGCUCCGUUCUUCUGCGUGUGUACAAAUCUGGUCUACGUGCCACAGAUAUUUCGAACAGCACCUUUCACGCCCUCUCAGCUCCCGUAACCCAUCACCACAUACUGCGAGCGCAUCCGUUGUUGGUCAGAAUCAUGCGCUAGAAUCCUCCACUCAACCAGCCGCCCUUUGUCCUGAUUGUCGAUCAUCCUCACCAUGGCUAACUUGCAGCCUCUGGCUCAGUUACUUGACGCCAGUCUCGAUCCGCGUCAAAAUAAAGAAGCUGAACUCAAGAUCCGUGCGGAAGAAAAGAAACCGGGCUUCGCACUCUCUCUCCUCCAAAUCACAGCCUCGGACCAGUUCAAAUACAACACGCGGCUUGCGGCUGCCCUAUUCUUCAAGAACUUCAUCAAACGCAACUGGACCAAUGUGGAGGGCGAGUACAAGCUACCGCAGCAAGAUGUCAACGCAAUCAAAACCGAGAUCGUGGGACUCAUGAUAUCUGUGCCUCGGGGCAUUCAGACUCAACUGGGCGAAGCGAUCAGUGUCAUCGCAGACAGUGACUUCUGGGAGCGCUGGGAUACGUUGGUUGAUGAUCUGGUGUCUCGGUUGAAACCAGAUGAUCCAGUGGUCAAUGCAGGAGUACUCCAAGUCGCCCAUUCCAUCUUUGCACGGUGGCGGCCGUUGUUUCGAUCCGAUGAAUUGUUCACCGAGAUCAAUCAUGUCCUUACAAAAUUUGCCCAGCCCUUUCUCACGCUGUGGCAGAGUUUGGAUGCCUACAUUGAGAGCCAUAGCAAUGAUAAGGAGGCACUUCGGAAUGCUUUUGCAGAACUCGACCUUGUCCUUCUGCUCUUUUAUGAUUUAUCCUGCCAGGAUCUGUCACCGGUCUUUGAAGACAACCUGGCAGGCAUUUCGGGCCUGCUCUUGAAGUAUCUGGUGUACAACAACCCUCUUCUGCAAACCGACGAUGAAUCCGAGGCCGGCCCGUUGGAAAAUACCAAGGCCAACAUUUUCGAGGCACUAUCCCUCUAUAUUGCCAAAUAUUACGAUGAUUUCUCCAAACAUGUCCCAAGUUUUGUGGAGAGCUCUUGGAAUCUUCUGACAACCAUUGGGCCGGAGCCCAGAAACGACAUCCUUGUCAGCAAAGCUCUCCACUUCCUGACCCAGGUUGCCGGAAUCAACGAACAAGCGCAAACGUUCAACAAUCCCAACAUCCAGACCCAGAUCAUCGAGAAGGUCAUCCUUCCGAACGUGGCUCUGCGAGAUUCCGAUAUCGAGAUGUUUGAGGAUGAACCCAUUGAAUUUAUCCGUCGAGAUCUCGAGGGCUCGGACAGCGAGACACGUCGGAGGGCAGCGGGGGACUUUUUGCGCCAAUUGAGCGAUCAGUUCGAACAGUCCGUGACCGGAGUCGCCAUGACAUAUGUACAGAAAUGCGUGCAGGACUUUGCUGGUAACCCGCAGGAGAACUGGAGGGCCAAAGAUACGGCAGUGAGCUUGUUCCAUGCCAUUGCUGCCAAAGGUGCUACAACAUCGACGCAUGGAGUGACCAAGACGAACCCCCUCGUCGACAUUGGCGAUUUCUUCUCAAAGAACCUCGCAAGUGAUUUGCAGGACCAAAAUGCCCAGCCGCUGAUCAAGGUGGAUGCGAUCAAAUACCUCUACGUAUUCCGGAGUAUCAUCACGAAGGAGCAAUGGCAGCAGGUCAUGCCGUUACUGGUGAACCUGUUGGGAGAUUCGAACUUUUGUGUUUACACCUAUGCAGCCGUCGCGGUGGAACGAGUACUGGCCAUGACCGACGAAACUGGAAAACCGGUCAUCGACCCUGAUCAUAUCAAACCCCUGGCAAGCAGUCUCCUUGAACAUCUCUUCAGCCUGGUGGAGAAAGACCAAGCACCACAGAAGGUGCAAGAAAACGAGUUCGUCAUGCGCUGUAUCAUGAGAGUAUUGAUUGUCAUCAAAGACGGCAUCUCAACCGUGGCCGAGAGCGUGCUCCAGCAUUUGACCACCAUCACCACGAUCAUAUCCGCCAACCCCAGCAAUCCCAAAUUCUACUACUACCACUUUGAGAGUCUAGGAGCCUUGAUCAGGUUUACACCGACGGCACAGUCAGAAGCACUUGGCGCUCAUUUGUUCACUCCGUUUGCGGCCAUUUUGGCCAAUAAUGUCGAGGAGUUUGUGCCAUAUGUUUUCCAGCUGAUGGCCGCUCUUCUCGAGGCCGAGCCCAGCAAACCUUUGCCGGCACAGUACAGACCGCUGAUCGCCCCCAUCCUCGGUCCGACCUUGUGGGAACAGCGCGGCAAUAUCCCUGCCUUGGUCCGACUGUUGUCUGCCAUUAUCCCCCGAGCCGCCGAUGAACUGAUCGCGGCCAACCAAGUUGAAGCAGUUCUCGGAAUCUUUCAGAAGCUGGUGUCAACCAAGAUCUAUGAGGGUUAUGGGUUUGAUCUUUUGGAGACGGUCAUCUCCACCCUGCCGCCUUCGGCAUUAGAACAGUAUUGGGUGCAUCUCCUGAACAUCAUGCUUACGCGUCUGCAAGGGAAACAGUCUCAAGCGUUCCAGUUGCGAUUUGUGCGGUUCUACCACUUUGUGUCGUCGCGCGACGACAAGGGGCUUGGAGCGGAUUUCUUCGUUGCAGCCACGGACCGUGUUCAGCAUGAUGUGUUCCGCCAACUUUACUUGAGCAUCAUCUUGCCAAAGACACAAGAACUCGCCCGGCCGCUGGACCGAAAGAUUGCCGCGAUUUCCUUGACCAAGACGCUGGCGGAUUCGCAGGCGUUUGUCGACCGAUACCCGAAAGGAUGGCCCUUGACAUGUAAUGCACUGUUGAAACUUUUGGAAGAUCCUCCUCUACCGCCAAAAGCUGAUGACAUGAUUGCCGAGUUGGACGUCGAAGACAGCAGUUUUGGCGUCGGUUUCACUCAACUCAAUACGGUUCGACGGCCGAUCAGUGAUCCCUUUGCCGAUAUUGUUGAUCUGAGAAAAUGGGUGGGCCAGUAUCUCAAAUCGGCUGAUCAGAGACAUGGUGGGAGAAUAGGAAAGGUCGUCAAUGAGGCUUUAAGUCCGGAUGCCAAGAAGGUUCUGAGCGCUUACAUGACUUUGUAGUUGAACCAGGGGAGGUGAUAUUAUGGCAGAGAGGAUGAACCAGCCGGAAGUGAGAGUGUGAGACGCGAACAGAACAAUCAAAAGUCAUGUACCUGGUACACACUGCAUUUGGCGAUAGAUGAAAGUAGAAGCCCAGACUUGGAAGUUUUGCAACGCUAGGAUAUGCCAGUGGACCAUAAAUUGAUCCCCAGUCUACUAUUACGUGCACAGUCGAGUUAGAAUGUACUAGGUAGGUAGUAUAUGUCGGUUGUAUACCACUCGCACUUGUAAAGGAC